AUGCCUUCACAACGCCCAUAUUUCCUCUCCUCUUUCCUCGCCGCCUUCCGUCCCCAAGGCCCCUCCAUAUCAACAACCGCACAACAUCAACAUCAACACCAACACCAACCAAACAAGCACGCCCGAGAUACAACAGCGUCCGCCACAGCAACAGCAGCCGCCGCCGCCGCCGCAUCUUCAACCCCCUCGACCUCACCAUCCAACUCAUCAACACACCAUCACCACCAUCAACAACCUUCACAACAACCAACAACCUCUAGCGUCGCCAUCCGCCCUCCUCGUAACACCGUCUCUUCUUCAUCACCGUCGACGUCAACAUCACCCAGCAAUGGCGCUGCUAUUCCUAUCCCCGGAUCCUCUGGAAGGCGUGGGAGCGAUAGCAGUAGCGAAGGUUUUCGCGAUGUUAUAGGCGCUGAAAAGUGGUAUAUCGGCGGGCGCACUCCUGGCGGUGAAGAGAAAUUCUUCAAACUUGGUGUUAUCCGUCGUGUGAGAAGUAACGAUGGCUUGAGUUUGGAUCGUCUGAGCUUAUAA